GGCGGGAAAGCGACGGUGCGGGGAUCACACGGCCCUGUAGCGCCUCCGCGGGCAACCGUUGAAGGAAGGCGCCUGCGCGUCAGGCAAAGCGCGCGCCGCACGGUGCCAGGUUUCCCAGCGGCUGGCGCCCCUCAGACCUUACCCAACUAGAAUAUUAGCGAUACAAAAAAGAUCUGAAGUUAAAGCUCACGUUUCUGUCACAAGGUUGAAUUAAGGAAAAGACUUUCCCAGAAGAUGGCCACUGCGCAAUUACAGAGGACUUCCAUGAGUGCAUUGGUAUUUCCCAAUAAGAUAUCAACAGAGCAGCAGUCUUUAGUGUUAGUGAAGAGGCUCCUAGCAGUUUCAGUAUCCUGCAUCACCUAUUUGAGAGGAAUAUUUCCAGAAUGUGCUUAUGGAACAAGAUAUCUAGAUGAUCUUUGUGUGAAAAUUCUGAGAGAAGAUAAAAACUGUCCAGGAUCUACACAGUUAGUGAAGUGGAUGCUAGGAUGCUAUGAUGCUUUACAAAAAAAAUACCUAAGGAUGGUUGUUCUAGCUGUAUACACCAAUCCAGAAGACCCUCAGACAAUUUCAGAAUGUUACCAAUUUAAGUUCAAGUACAGUAAUAAUGGACCAGUCAUGGACUUCAUAAGUAAAAACCAAAGCAACGAUUCCAACAUGUCAUCUGCUGACACCAAGAAAGCAAGUAUUCUCCUCAUUCGCAAGAUUUAUAUUCUAAUGCAAAAUCUGGGACCUUUACCUAAUGAUGUUUGUUUGACUAUGAAACUUUUUUACUACGAUGAAGUUACACCCCCAGAUUACCAACCUCCCGGUUUUAAGGAUGGUGAUUGUGAAGGAGUGAUAUUUGAAGGGGAGCCUAUGUACUUAAAUGUGGGAGAAGUUCCAACACCUUUUCACACCUUCAAAGUAAAAGUGACUACUGAAAAAGAACGAAUGGAAAAUAUUGAUUCAGCUAUUUUAUCACCAAAACAAUUAAAAACACCACUUCAGAAAAUUCUCAUGGACAAAGAUGAUCGAGAAGAUGAACAGGACCAUUAUAUAAGUGAUGAUUUUGACAUUGAAACUAAAAUGGAAGAGCAGGAAAAAAACCCUGGAUCUUCUGAACUUGGAGAACCAAGUUUAGUUUGUGAGGAAGAUGAAAUUAUGAGAUCUAAGGAAAGUCCAGAUCUUUCAAUUUCUCAUUGUCAGUUUGAACAGUUAGUCAGUAAAACAUCUGAACUUGAUGUAUCUGAAAGCAAAACAAGAAGUGGAAAAAUCUUUCAGAAUAAAAUGGCUAAUGGAAAUCAACCAGUAAAAUCUUCUAAGGAAAAUCGGAAGAGAAAUCAACUCAAAUCUGGGAAAACAGUCCUUCAUCACUUUGAUACUUCUAGUCAAGAGUCAGUGCCAAAAAGAAGAAAGUUUAGUGAACCAAAGGAACAUAUAUGAAAAUUAAUUCUUCUUCAUGUUUGCAAAGUUCUCAACAUUUAAACUAAAGGACACUGUAUUACUAUUUUAAUGUGUAUUUGCCCUACCUGUGAAAAAUUAUAUAUAGUCUUAAGCAGUUAGUACACUAAAAUGAAUUUUUAGGUGACUAUCAUAUUAUCUGAGACAAUCCAAGAGAACUUUUGUGUAAAAUCAAAAGUACCAAUGUCGUAAUUGAUUUUGUUUAUUAUCUGUUCAAUAUUGAUCUAUCUUCCAUUUUGAUGGAUACUGCCUUUAAACGUAUAUUAACUUUUAAGUCCAUUUUAAAAACAAAUAACGUUUAUUUUGUUAUUAAAUUUUGGUAGGAAUUUACUUUUUACUUACGUUAAAACUAUACCACUUAACUGUUUGUCACUGUCAUUAAAACCGUAUUCUUCAGUACUUUGAGUACUGAAUAGAGUGUAUUAACAUGGUAAUAUAUAACAUACCAUUAAAAAUUGGUUAUCUUUUUAACAUUUUUGUACUUGAAGACAAAAAUGAGGACUGAUUUUUAAGGUCUGGCAUUUUUGGCAACAUAAAUAAAAUAUUGUUCAGCAUCUAGA